CAAUCCACGUGGAAGUGGACACGUACGUGGAUAUUGUGUCAUAACCCGCAAAGUGCUAAAAAGGACGGGCCUAUAAAAAGAAGGGCUGUAUAUUUCCACUUCAUUUUUAUCAGCGAUUUCUGAGCAGGACAUUAUAUCUUCAAAAAGUCACAGAUUUUGUACCGGUUCUUUUUAUAGUUCUGGAGAUAUAUUUUCGGUUCGAAAAACGACAGGUUUACUAUUACAUGCAACUCUAGUCUUGUUGCCAUACAUCAGAACUCUUUUCUAAUUAGUCAUCACAGGAAGAGUUUAUAAAACAAUUUGUUAAAGAUGUUUGGCGAUUCCACGACACUUGCUGACGUUCGUCAGAUCCUGGCCAAACAGGCUGCCGCGGCCGAAAGCAACGAGGCGUCUCUGUCGGUGCUGGGACUGGAACAUUUGGAAACGACUUUGCUGAAUUCCUUGAGGUAUCUGGUGAACAUGAGCCGCGAUUCGACGCCGGCUGAUGAGAGAGGCCACGAAGACGUGGAGGCGGGGCUUGUGACGCCGGAGGGGCGGGGAGAUGGAGAGAGGGAUCGGGAGUGUUUGAAUCGUGAGGAGGAGCAUGUGUGUGAAAUAGAAGGUCAUUCAGGGGAUUGUCGUAGUGGCGAACAGGAAGAAACGGAGUUGAAUCUAAUGGAAUUGCCAGUCCAAGUUCUUCUGCACAUUUUCUCUUUCCUCGACGCUCCUGAUGUUGCCAGUGUUGGCGGCACUUGUCGUCAGUGUUACAGCCUCUGUGCGGAUCAGAUUCUGUGGAGAGACGCGCUGGAGAAGGACAAGCUAAGAUGGAGGCAGGUCGGCCAUCGGUCCAACCCCGCACUGUAUGAGGCAGUGAACUCUGACCUCACAUACAAGGAAAUUUACAUGAGAUGCAGUCCCGAAUUCCAGCGUGAGUCGUCAGGUUUCAACCUCAUGCGACUGCCCCAACUUCUCUGGUCAUUCAUCCCCCACAAGCCUCCCAAAGUCGUCAUGUUCGGUCCGGGGCUCGAAUCCAACUCCACCACCCUGGUCCGCAAGUUCCUUGGCAGCGGCACCGAUAUCUUCAAGGUGCUAGGAGUGUUUCCGGCACUCUUACCCGGUAGUGUUGGGACAGGCUUCAGAGUGUCAGUAAACAACAAGCUGGAUAUGAGGCUGAUAACGCUGUACUCCGGUACAAAGAGAGACCGGGAAAACCCUGAACUUGGAGCGACCAGAGCCCAGCGUAACAAACUCCUGCAACAGGCAUCCCCCGGGGGUAGCCCCCAGGGUGGGGAGGCAGGUGGGAGGGGAGAUGACGACGACGCCGCGUACGAACCCACGUCGACAAUCAAGGAGCUGUGCCGGAACGUGGAUGCUUUCAUCUUUGUGGUGGACGCCAUGGUGGGAUCGGAAACAUUAGCAAUUGAUUCUCAACCGGAACUCUUUGCCUUGAUGAACGACCGAUGGACCUCUCAGAAGUGCCCCCUUGUCAUUCUGUCCUGCGUGCCCAACACAGAGACAGCCAGAGUGCCGUGUGUGACGAUGGCCAAGGAACUAGCCCUCCACAAACUCAACAGAGCGUGGAAGAUGUUUGAUGUUGAUGUGUCUGACUUGUCAGGAGUGGUCGAGGCUGUCACCUGGUUGGUGGAAAGUGCACAAGGGAGGUAGCUCUCAGCCAAUCGCGGCACAGCUUUCAUAAGGAACACAUUAUUUCUCUACAAGAAGCUGUCCCCUGGGUGGUGGAAAGUGCACAAGGGAGGUAGCUCUCAGCCAAUCGCAGCACAACUUUCACAGGGAACACCCUGUAUAAAGAAGCUAUCACCUGGUUGGUGGAAAGUGCACACGGGAGGUAGCUCUCAGCCAACCACAGCACAGCUUUCAUAAGGAACACCCGGUAUUUCUUUUAUACAAGAAGCUGUCACCUGGUUGGUGGAAAGUGUACAAGGGAGGUAGCUCUAAACCAAUCACAGCACAGCUUUCACAAAGAAUAUGCCUUAUUUUUCUAAGGGAAAAAGUUCAACUGUAAAUAAUAUAAAGUUUAUUAUUUAAUGUUCAGUCAAGUUUGUGUAUUUGGAUAUAAAUUUAUCAUUCAGCUAAUAGAAUAAAAUGUAUUCCCGAGAUGUUUUUCCAGCAAGUUUUAGGGGAAGUUUGUAAGCUAUUUUAAAUUAAUGAUCAGAAUUCAGGUUUCAUGUUUGAGUAUUUUUUUAAGUGUAAUAAAUACUUGGAUAAACAUGCACUUCGGUGAAAUGUACAAUUGCUUUUACAAAAUGUGUAUAUCUUAAUGUUAACGUUGUUAAUUUAAAAUAAAGUAUUUAAAAAGACCAAAAGAGGCAUCCAAUAAAGGCUAGAUCAUACUCUGCGCCAAGGUGAAUGCGAAUGUGCGCCACCACAGCAAGUAUGCGCGCUGCAAAUUUCGCAAAAGUUGAACACGUUCCAAUUCUGGUGAAUUUUGCAGAGAAUGUGUCCUGACAUCACAUUUGCUUUGCAUUCGCAUUUAUGUGAAGUACCGGUAUGACCCAACCUUAAAGAUAAUACAACAUUUGCAAACGUCAUAAAAACAAAAUUACCCCAUUAUUAUGAAAUACCUUACUUGACUUCAAGUGAAUAAUUGUCUCAAACAUCCUGUGAAAUCAUGGCACCUGGUGUCAUGUCGUUUUCAAGAAAAGUGGAAUUUUGAAUCAAUAUUCUAAUGAUGGUCAGCCGACCAUUUUUUUUGCUUCCCCAAAUACUACCCCCAAUUUACCAAAUUUAGUCCCCAUUUUGUCUGCAAUUGUUUCCACAUUCGUGAAUGGGUGCAAGCCAGCUAGUCUGGUUCCCCUGAUUUAACAAUUCCCCGACAUCUAUAAAUUGCUGUAUUUUGUCACGGAACCAGACUACAAGAACAGCAUUUUUUUCUUGUUUUUUUCAGCAUCUGUGAACACAAUUUCUUAAUAAAUGGGUCAGUGUAACAAUAUUUGCUAUAUAAUAUUAACCCCCAACCCAUCCAUUUCUGAGCAUUACAGCAAAAGCAAAA